UCGAAAUCAGUUUAUUCCGCUUUUCACACCAAGCAAAAUAAAAUGCAAACUUUAACCGUUGUUGUGUUGCUUCUUGCUACAUUGGCUGUUGUCCAAGCCAAUUUCAUUUUUACUGGACAACCGGGUUGUAAAACUGAUGAAGAAAUGCAAGUCGUUAAUUAUCGUCAUUUCAAAAACAAAACGGCCUACUGGAAGUGCGUGACAAAAGGAAAACCGGGUAUAUUCCAACGUUGUCCUAAUACUGAAGGAUAUUUAGAUGAUGUUAAAGCCUGCGUGCCAUGGAAUCAAUGGUAUUGGACUCCAAUACUCUCAGUCCCACCCAGCUCACCUUAUCCUUAUGACAACACCGAUGAAUCGGUCAAUGCAUAGAUUUUAAUCUUUUAAUAAUGCAUUGAAAAGAUUGGAAGGAAGGAAAAGAAAGAAUUGGAAUUAAAAAAACAAAUAAAAACAAAUCUUAAUAAAUGGCAUA